AACGCGUCGAUAAUGUGCAGCUGCUCGCUUACUGCAAAUUACUUUCGCGCGAGCGGAGCGUUAGGAAGGUUGUUUUAUAAAUGUCAUAGUUUAUAGACGUUCUUGCGCUGCUUGUAGGAGACUUGGCGACACACACAAUGGGGGUCGAAAUUGAGACCAUCAAACCCGGAGACGGUAAAUCAUAUCCGAAGAAAGGCCAAAAAGUCAAUGUUCAUUACACAGGCACUUUCACAAAUGGACAAAAGUUCGAUUCAUCAAGAGAUCGAGGACAACCUUUAUCUUUCCGGAUUGGUCAUGGGGAAGUUAUUCAUGGAUGGGAAGAAGGAAUCUUAAAAAUGAGCAUUGGUCAAAGAGCAAAGCUGAUCUGUGGGUCUGACUCAGCAUAUGGUGAAUCAGGUUAUCCAGGGGUGAUUCCUCCAAAUUGUACCCUGCUGUUCGAUUUGGAAUUAUUAAGCAUUGGUUAACUACUAUUAUCAAGCUGAAAAGAGACAUUGAUGCAUACAAGUUAUAGUAUCUGUAUCUAAAUUGAUAGAUAUUCUAGAAUUCUCUUUUGCAACUACUCCUGGUUCCAAAUAGUCCACUUAUGCAGAUCAAAUUUGUCUGCAUGAGUACAAAAUUAAAAAAAUUCUCCAGAUCAGGUUAUCCAAGAUUUUGAAGUUACUUCCUUUGACAUCUUCAAACAGGGACUUCACCCAUUUUGUGUUUGAUUUUUUGUUCUAAGUGUUCUGUUGAUUUUUAUUACAAAUCAUCCAAGCCUACUUCGUAUACUAAUUAACUUCUCAAUAUACCUCGUGUUAUUAUAUACUCCCACUAUGUUUUAAAAUACUUUUCUUAAUGUGUUGAGAAUCUUCCAACUUCCAAGACUUUUCACUCCAAACGAAGAGCCAUUACAUACCUAUGUACAGGGGCGCAGCCAGGAUUUUCGAAAGGAGGGUUUCGAAAUUGGAAUUUCCCAUUCACUUCUGAGUCGGUCGCUGCGAUUAUGUGCUCGUUAAAAAAGUCGUAUUUUUUGAAUCUUAAUCACUUUUCUUUUCGCGUACAAUAUAUUCAAUGUUGAGGAUAUUUUUGAUUUAAUAAGAAGAAUAAACACCAGCGUAAAAAAAUUUAAGGCCUAAAUAACAUAUCACACUGACGAAAGCAAAAUGCAAUCGCACGUGUUAUUAGCGGCUUUUUUAGUCUUCCAAAAAUUUCGAAAAAAAAGGGGGUGGGUUAGACUAUGUAUCACAAAGAUGGGCUUCCAACUUGCGGUUUCAACACAGUUCUAACCACAAGGCCUCCACAGUAUUACUCAGCCAGCCGGGUCAACACCCAAAAUCAAAAAUUAUAAACCCAAAGCACUUCUUACUUUUUUUAGUAUUUAUUUCAGAGUCCCGCAUAUUUUAAUCACAACUUUUCCAAAUCACUUCAUAUAUUAUUCAUUUAAGGUUUGCUUUUUACAUGGCACAUUUUCUCCGGUUUAAUAUUGUCACUGUUUUAACUUUUCUUCAUAUAUUGCUGCUUGUUUAGAAUACACAAUACAUAUUCUA